AUGUCUAUUUCGAAAUCACAAACCUCACAAAUUGAAAUUGAACCAGUACCUUCCAAGGUAAAUAUUGUUCAUGUUGAAAGCAAAGUUGACGACUACAUUGAAGUUAACGGUGCAGAAGAUCACGACGGUCUUGAAUACUAUGAUCUCCCUGAAUCACUUCAAGGUUUGACCCAAGAAGAGUUGAAGGAUUUAGAUAAGAAGACAACCAGAAAAGUUGAUCUAAGAUUGAUGCCAAUGUUGAUUUACAUCUAUAUCUUAAACUAUUUGGACCGUAAUAAUAUUGCAGCAGCCAGAUUGGGUGGCUUGGAAGAUGACUUGGGGUUGGUGGGCUCUCAAUAUCAAACAUGUAUUUCUGUAUUGUUUGUCGGUUACAUUUUGUUCCAAAUUCCUUCUAAUAUGUUGUUGAACAAAAUUGGAAAGCCUUCCUUAUAUAUUACUUCUAUUAUGACAGUAUGGGGUGUCAUCUCCACCUGUACUGGUGCUGUUCAGAGUUAUCAAGGUUUACUUGCUAUCAGAAUUAUCUUAGGUGUUGUUGAAUCCGGGUUCUUUGCAGCUGCUUUAAGCACUCUUUCUAACUGGUAUGACAAGAAGAGUCUCUCCUUCCGUAAUUCUAUUCUCUACUCUGGUAGUUUGAUGAGUAGUGCUUGGAGUGGAUUGAUUGCUGCUGGAAUUUUAGACAACAUGGAUGGUGUUAGAGGUUUGAGAUCCUGGAGAUAUUUGUUCCUCAUUGAAGGUGCUAUUACUGUUGCUUCUGUUCCGUUUGCAUAUUUUAUCUUGCCAGACAACCCUUCCAACACUAAAUUUUUGAGCCAACAAGAAAAGGAUAUUAUUCAGUGGAAAUUAAGACAAGAUGUAGGAACAAAUGAUUCUGACAAAGAUUCUCAAGAAUCUACUUUGAGUGGUUUCUACUUGGCUAUUAAGGAUUCUAAGGUCUGGUUGGUCACAUUGAUUCUUACCUUCUUGGUUGCUGCAUGUGGUGUCACCAAUUUCUUUCCUUCUGUUGUCCAAACCUUAAACUUCAACAAAACCACGACCUUAUGUUUAACAGCUCCUCCAUACUGUAUUGCAGUUGUGGCCACAUUCCUUUGGGCAAGACAUGCUGAUAAAACUGGAGAAAGAUUUUUCCACGUUACAAUUCCAUUGGUGAUUGCAUUGGUCUCGUUUAUCAUUUCUGCUUCCACUCUCAAUACUGGGGCCCGUUACUUUGCAAUGUGUAUUAUGAUUCCAUCUUUGUACUGCUCUUUUACAACUAUCUUAUCCUGGAUGUCCAACUGUUGCCCAAGGCCUCCAGCUAAGAGAGCAGUUGCCCUUGCAUUGAUGAACUGUAUCUCAAACUCCACGUCCAUCUGGAACGCUUAUUUAUAUCCAGCCUCAGCAUCUCCAAGAUAUUUGACUGCUUUCGUCUGUAAUUGUGCCUUCAUAUUAUGUGCUAUUCUUACUGCUGUUUUGUUGAGAUUCAGAUUGAGAACCUUAAACAAAAGAAUUGCUUCGGGUACCAUGAACUGGAGCAGAGAAUUGGGCAAGGGUAAUGACUACUCUAACAUAUCCCCAGAUUUCAGAUACUUGUACUAG